AUGAAUAUCCUUUUUCUGUCCUUCUUUAUCAUCCAAAACAUUACGACCUAUUUUGAGCAAUUCAAAAAUGGAAUUAAUACUCAGUAUGUUAAAGAUAAAGCAAAAUGUGACUCUGUAAAUAGAACACUCGAUUUGAACAACAUAAAAGGAGAAGAUGGAUAUAAAAGUAGUGAUGUUGGUUGUUCAUAUUUCAAUUUAUACCAUCAAAAAAUUGAUAUGAAAAAGUUAUAUUCAUUUUUGAGUACAUCUAAGAAUGUGAACCCAUUCCAGUAUAUUUUAAGAAAUAAUGAAUCCAUGAAAAUAUUAGGAAACUCUUCUAGCUAUGUGUCACCAAACAGGUUGUCUAGAAAAUUAAAUGAGGACAUGUCAAAAAAGAAAAAUGUCCAUAGUAACGAUAGUAACGAUAGUGACGAUAUUGCCAAUAGUGCCGAUAGUGAGGAUAGCUUCCUUGAAAAGAACAAAAAUGAAAAAACACAUAAUGACAAUGAAGAGGAAAAAGAACAUGAUGAAUAUGAUGAAGAACAGGAAGAAAGUUUUCUGGAAAAAGAAGAAUAUGAAGAUGUAGAAGAUAAUGAACAUGAUGAAUUUGAUGAAGAGCAAGCAGAAAGUUUUCUCGAAAAAGAGGAAUAUGAAGAUGUAGAAGAUAAUGAACACGAAGAAUUUGAUGAAGAGCAAGCGGAAAGUUUUCUUCAAAAAGAUCAAUAUGAUACUGUAGGAGAUAAUGAACAUGAUGAAUUUGAUAAAGAAGAAGAACUAGAACAAGAACAUGGAGAAAGCUUCCUCGAGAAAGAAGAUGAUGACGACGAUGAUGAUAGCAAUAAUGAGAAUAACGGAAAAGAAUACAAGGAAGAAUAUAAAAAUAAAUUACCAGAUGAGGCUUAUCCUGAUGAGUAUGUAGGAUCAGAUGAAUCAAAUGAGUCAAAUGGAUCAAAUGGAAAAGUUGGCAUUGGGGUUAACAGAAAAGAAAACACAAAUGUGAAGGAAUCUAAAACUAAAGGAAACGAAAGCUUUUUAGAGAAAAACAUUAAUGAGCAAUCAAAUUCAAUGGAUGAAAAACAUAGCACCUUUGUAUCUAGUUAUUUGGAUGAUGAAAAUCCUGAUGAUAAGCACAAUAACAAAAUUUAUGAUGAAGAUAGUUUCCUAGAACGUGAUUCACACAAUCAUAAUGAUGAUGAUGAAAGUGAUGAUACUUUUGAUGACUAUGAAGAUAGUUUUUUAGAAAGGGGGAAAAUUGGAAGUCCUUAUGAUGAUUAUUAUGAGCACGAUGCAGAGGAUGAGGACUUCAAGGAAGAAAACUCCAACGAAGAGGCAUUCGACAAUCAUCACCUGAACCACAUAAGUAGCACCGGUGAUGUUAACUCGUUCCUACAAAAAGAUAUGGAAUUCAUUGAUGAAAUGAUAGAUGAUAACGAAACUAUUAAGGAUGCUGUGAAGAAAGGAUCCAAUAAAACUGAGAAGCAGAAAAUACAUAAACCGAACCUACUUGACGAGGAGAACAUUGAAGACAAAGAUCCUUUUUUAUCAGAAGAGGAAAUAAAUGGAUUCAUGGAAGAAAACAUGGAUGCAUCUAAAUUAGAUACGAAAAAGAAUAAAACUAUCCUAAGAAACUCAGAAAAAAAUAAAAAUAUUUCCAUUGCUGAAAAUAAAGAAACUGGAAAAGGAGUACCUAGCGAAUUGAAUAAUGCUGAGACUAAUUCCGUUGCAAAUAAUACAAGUCAGUUUAACAAAGGACAAACGGAUUUGACAAAUGAAGAUCUAUUCAAUGAUGAAUUCACCGAAGAAGUCAUUGCAGAUUCGUAUGAAGGGGGCAAUUUAGAAACGACAGAAAAUGAAAAUAUGACAGAAUCAUUAGACGAGAAUUUAUUAGACCAAGGAGUUAAUGAAAAUACCCUAUUAAAUGAUAACAACAUGAUUUUUAAUGCAAAAAUGGUUCCACAUAAAAAGCGGGAUGUGUACAUUUCUCCAUACAAGCAUACAUCUUCCACGAACAAUAAAAAUAAUAAACAUCAUACAGAGGAUGUGGAUGCCUUGGAUAAAAAAUUAAGACCUCAUGAAUUACUCGAACUAGAGAACGGAGAAGGUGGAAACUCCGUUAUUGUCGAAACGGAAGAAGUGGAUGUUGAUCUAAACAAAGGAAAAUCAAGUAGUUGCACCUCAUUUAUCAGCUCGGUAGUAUUACUACUUAUUGGCUUAUUAUAUAUUAUAAAUUAA